UCCUGGGCCCUGCCUUUUGGGGCCCCCGCGUGGGGGUGGCAUCCAAGGCUGGAGAAGAGGACACAGGGCAGCCUGUUUCAGCCCAGGAGACAGAGGGCGCCUCUGUCCACUCCUGGCCCCUCGCCCCACUGGGUGUCUGUCUGUGAAGGGGUGGAGCCGGUGCAGAGGGGGGGGGUCGUGGGGGAAGGACAACUGAAGACAGGUCUCCCCGCACAGCUCCGGGAGCCACAUUUGCAGCCUCGUCUGCCUGUCCAGAACCCGCUCCCAGGCUGACAGUGAGCUUCGCGAUGGGCUCUGAGCUGGAGACAGCGAUGGAGACGCUCAUCAAUGUGUUCCACGCCCACUCGGGCAAAGAGGGCGACAAGUACAAGCUGAGCAAGAAGGAGCUGAAGGAGCUGCUGCAGACGGAGCUCUCCGGCUUCCUGGACGCCCAGAAGGAUGCAGAUGCUGUGGACAAGGUGAUGAAGGAGCUAGAUGAGAAUGGAGAUGGAGAGGUGGACUUCCAGGAGUAUGUGGUACUGGUGGCUGCCCUCACAGUGGCGUGCAACAACUUCUUCUGGGAGAACAGUUGAGGAGACGGCCCCAGCGGGCAGCGCCCUUCCCCUCUACCCUGCCAUACCUGCUCCUUCACCCUGCUUCCCCAUCACUUUAAUUUUCCCUCCCCACCAACAAGGGUGCAAGAUUAGUGGGCCAGGCUUGCAACUCCUCUUUCAUUAAAGGCUUCUGUCUCACCAGC